GAAAAGUAGAGACCAGCACAGUUAAAUUCAAUCCAGUCGCGCUCAUUGAUUUCCUUUUAAUGGAUCAGUAGCUGGAAGGAACAACUGAAAUUAGAAACAGUGAAUAAGCAACCAUGUGUGAAAUCGGACGCGCCCUAUUGAUCCGCGUAUUGAAAAAAAAAAAAAAAAACAUUGAUUAAACGAGCACACAAUGGCAGCAGGAAGGGAUGAUGAGUUCUGUGUGGAGAAGCUUGUGUGAGCUGCAGCACAGAUUAAAACAAAAACAUCACAUGCUUAAAGGUGACAUAUUCUGCUCCUCUUCAACCAGUUUAAAUAAGACCACGCCCCCUUUCUGGAAGGGCUUGGGUCGGCUCGGGCUUUCUCGCCCCGUGUCCUAUUGUUUACGUUGAGAAGGCAGACUCAGAGGGCAGAACAAACACCUAGCUGUGGGAGUGUCACCCACCUGGGGGAGGGGUUACUGCCCUUUGUGAUGUCAUGAAGGGAAAAUCUCCAAACGGCCUGUUUGAGCACACAUUUUCUGAAAAGUGGAGCAGGAAAAAGACGGAGAGGAUGGACUUUUCUCAUCAUUGGGGGGUUUAUAGACGGAUUAGGGACACAUAUUAGUGUUCGAGAAACAUGGUCAGGUGUAUUUUGUAUAAUAUGUGACCUUUUAAAUUUAAACUUUCUACUGAAUUAAAUCAUAAAUGACCUUACUAUAUCAUCAGACGUGAGGAAACAUGCUCUGUUGAAGUGCUGGCUUCUGCGUCUCUGAUUCCGGUUAUACACAAGAGAAAAGUAGGAGACCCCUCAUAGAAACCAAACAGAAGUGAAAGUGCUCUUUGUUGUGGCUGCUGCUGAAAUCAGUUUGAAACGAGUGUUGGGCAACUUUAAUAAUAUUAAAUCAUAGCAUUGAUCCACUGCAGAGACUGUUCAUUGUGUACAUUUGACUCCCUUCAUAACAGGACAGCCCAUUGCACUGUUUGUGACCUGUGGAUUUAAAGGAUCACACAAGUUCAGGGUCCUCUGAGUUCAACAGCAAACAGGCGUCGAACGAUUGAAUACUCUGCAACACAUUUCACCCCAUGACGACCUGCAGCGAGCUGGCAGUCGCUCCAUCACACUGCUGCGAGGCGAAUGGCAACGGAGCACGGCAACAGCAUCGAUUGUCCUCUCUCUGGUUAUGACUUCUGAACAACUAAAGCCAGCAGGGAUCAUUUGUUUUUGUCCUGUUUUACCAACCGAGUGGACUACAAAUAUCUCCCCGGGGUGAACUUGUUUUUUUUUUAAUCUUUUCUUUAAGGAGGAAAAAGGAGAAUAAAAGAUGUGCUUGUAGGAUUGUAUUCAGAAGCUUCAGCAGCAUCGUCGUAAAAGGCCUUCACUGACAAAUUCCAUAUCCAAGAUGAAAGAAAUGCCAAAGUAAAAAAUGGGAGACUGGAACUUCCUCGGAGGGAUAUUGGAGGAGGUGCAUAUCCACUCCACCAUGGUGGGAAAGAUCUGGCUGACCAUCCUGUUCAUAUUCCGGAUGUUGGUCCUGGGCGUCGCAGCUGAGGACGUCUGGAACGACGAGCAGUCCGACUUCGUCUGCAACACAGACCAGCCCGGCUGCCGUAACGUCUGCUACGACCAGGCCUUCCCCAUCUCCCUCAUCCGCUACUGGGUGCUGCAGGUGAUCUUUGUGUCCUCGCCCUCCCUGGUGUACAUGGGACACGCCAUCUACCAGCUGCGCGCUCUGGAGAAGGAGCGACACUGCAAGAAGGUGGCUCUGCGUCGGGAGCUGGAGGCGGUGGAUGUGGAGCUGGCGGAGGCGCGGAGGAGGAUCGAGAAGGAGAUCAGGCAGCUGGAGCAGGGCAGGCUCAACAAAGCUCCUCUGAGGGGCUCUCUGCUGUGUACCUACGUGGCCCACAUUGUCACCCGCUCUGUGGUGGAGGUGAGCUUCAUGAUGGGUCAGUACAUCCUCUACGGACACCGCCUGCGGCCGCUCUACAAGUGUGAGAGGGAGCCGUGCCCAAACGUGGUGGACUGCUUUGUCUCCAGGCCGACAGAGAAAACGGUUUUCAUGAUGUUCAUGCAAGUGAUCGCCUGUAUCUCCCUCUUCCUCAGCCUUCUUGAGAUGAUGCACCUGGGAUUCAAAAAGAUCAAGAAGGGCAUCCUGAACUUCUACCCUCAUCUGAAGGACGAUAUGGAUGAUUUAUACGUCAGCAAGUCCAAAAAGAACUCAGUCGUGCAUCAAGUGGGCAUGGGAACAACUGUGAGUCGCAAGACUACAAUCCCUACAGCCCCAUGUGGGUACACAUUACUGUUGGAGAAGCAGGGCAAUGGACCUAACUACCCUCUUCUUAACGCCUCGUCUGCAUUCGUCCCGAUACAAGGAGACCCUAAUGCACAACCGGAGAGUCACAAGGACAUGAAGGAGGGAGUGCCGAGCCCCACGGAGCAGAACAGCAACUCCAACAACACGAGCAGCGACACGCGUUCUCCUCCUGCAGACAAACAGGAGGAGGCAGAGGAACAGUCCCCACAUGAGGACAUGGACUGUGGGAGGUCCGAGUAUCCCACCCUCCCCGUAGCAGACACCUCCUCCUGUGCAACCGGCUUUCCGAGGAAGUCACGGAGGGUCAGUCCGCCGUGGAACUGCUCCACCCUGGUGGAGGGUAACGGCUCAGACAGCGGGGAUUCGUACCACGGGAGAGACAGCAUGAAGCUUCGGAGCAGCUGUGUCGGCCCCCGAGCGAGGAUACUCUCUAAAUCAGACAUAAAGAGGCCGAGCAGGUCUCAGAGCCCGGACUCUGCGGGGGAGUUAAGCUCAGUGUCUCGACACAGCCGGGAGAGCAACAGCCCCACCACCUCGUCCCCAAAGCGCAAAGUGUCGGCAGGAAGCAGCGCCAGCAGCAGACGAGCCCCAACUGACCUGCAGAUAUAAACCAAAGACUGUCUGCUCGCCAAAGUGGAAACAGAAGCUCUCAAUGAGACAUGCAUGUUACCCAUUUCACUAAAAGAAAUUCAAACAAGCUCACAGAAGCUUUGUUUUUGAUUGCUAUGAAGAUUAAGCUCUUGACACCAAAGAGCAGCCUUUUUCUAAACAUAUUUAAAAGAAAGCAUAAAUCCACUCCUUCAUUUAGCUACACUACAGACUUAUUUUCCUUUAGUUUCCACGUCUGAUGGACUUUUAAUGAUUUUGAAGUGUGCAGUAGCACUGUCUCAAUGAUUAGCAGGGAAUGGAAAACAGGCUCACAGAUCUAUAAAGUUGUGUUAGGUCAUGUAGUGUUGUUACGCAACAGGAUACUUUUACAUCAGCUACAAUGAAAUAAUUCAACCUCUCAAUCUCAAACUUCUCCGGCAACAUUCAACACUAUAAUACCCUGCUCUGUCUGUCACAAUGGAAAACGAAUGCUGAAUAUAUCUCUGCCUAAAAGCGGCAACAGGGACAAGAAUGUUCACUUUUAAAACGUGUCACAUGUGAGACUUUAAUUUCCCAUCAGGCACAUGAGCCACCUCUAAUUGUUUUUGUACAAAAAUGGGUUUUUUUUAACGCAGCUUAUAUCAAUUUAAAUGUCUUAGAAAUAUGUAAUAGUUAUUUAAUCCAAGGUUUCUUCUUUUUGGGCCGUUUUUGUCCAAUGUAUGAGAGACAGGAAAUGUUGAGAGGAGAGAGUCGUGCAGAGGUCAGAUUCAAACCUGCUGCCGCUGCAAUAAGGACUAGGGUCUCUGUGGA